AUUUCUCUGCAGUUCACUUCAUUUGCUUCUUCUUCGGUUUUCUCAGCGCUGUCUCUCUAUUUUCUGUCAGUCACAAAUUCGUCAACAAGUCUGGAACUUGAACAAGAAAAAAUCGCCUGACUACUCCCCCCAGUCGCCAUCCGCCUGCCAUGUCAACGUGCUGUUGAGGAGGAUCGUCUUUCACAUUUAUAGACCUUUUGGAGGUCAUUCACAUACAGAUACCAUUAUCUCACAUUCUAAUACCCUCUGAUUCGCCGAUAUGGUUGUCUUUCGAUCGAAUAAAUUGCGCAACAUCUUCUAUGCGGUCACCGCCUUGAUUGUGGUCUGCACCAUUUACCUCAAUUGGACGCCAACUCCGGCCUCUGUUGUCCCCGUCACGGUUUUUGAAGUCCCGUUAAACGAACGACAGGCGGCUUUUUGGAAGGCCUUCAAGCCCAUCCUUGAAUCGCACGCGCCCGGUACCUCCGAGCCAACACUUCGGGAACCCGCCCCCGCCCAGUACUUCAAUGCCUCGACAACCGAACCCCGACCCGACCUCGUCACCCUCAGCGAUGGCGACCUACACGCGAUGGAGGAGGCGCAUGCCAAAUACCUCCACGAAGUGAGCACGUCGAGUCGGCUGCGCCCGGUGCAUUCGGCCGGUACACGGGGCUUGGUGACAACAGCGGGACAGACCUACCUGCCCGUGUUCAUGGCGGCUCUUCGGAUGCUACGUCGCACGGGCUCGAAACUGCCGGUCGAGGUGUAUAUGAGGGACGGGGGCGAAUACGAGAAGCACAUCUGCGAGCAUAUCCUUCCCACCAUGGGGGCACGCUGCCUCAUCCUGUCCGACGUCAUGAGCAAGGCCGCCAUCGAAUACUACCAACUGAAGGUCUUUGCCGUCCUGUUCUCGUCCUUUGAGGAGGUCAUCUGGAUGGAUGCGGAUUGCUUUGCGCUAGACAAGCCGGAGAUCCUGUUCAACAAUGAACCCUUCAGGUCGAAAGGGCUGGUUACGUGGCCUGACUUCUGGGCGUCGUCCGUGUCGCCCCAGUACUACAAGAUCUCCGGCCAACCGGUUCCUCCCAUGACGGAACGACAGUCGACGGAGACGGGGGUCUUUCUCGUCUCCAAGAAGACCCACUGGAACACGCUACUCCUGGCGGCGUAUUACAACUUCUACGGCCCAUCGCAUUACUUCCAACUCCUGUCGCAAGGCGGACCGAGCGACGGCGACAAGGAAACGCUACUCCACGCCGCCUCUGCCGUGGGGAAACCGUUCUACGCCGUGAGUGAACGCGUGCAGGCGAUCGGGCACGACAAGGAGGGCGAGAUCUCGGGCUCCGCCAUGGCGCAGUCCGACCCCCUUGCCGACCAUGCCCUGACCAGCGAGGGCAAAUGGCGGGUCCAGGAUCCGGCCGUCGCCAACCCCCCGCGAGUGUUCUUCAUCCACGCCAACUACCCCAAGUUUAACCCUGGUGAGGACGUUUUCGGGACAUCCUUCGAGACGACGCCUACCAUUAAGCCGGAUGGCAGCGAGGGCCGGGCGUGGACGGCGCCGGCGGACGUGUUGACGCGGUUCGGUUCCGACGCGGAGCGGUCGUACUGGGAGGAGAUCAAGUGGGUCAGCUGCAACAAGGAGGUCGACUUCAAGGCGUGGAAAGGGAAGGGCGAUGUCUGCAGGAAUGUGGAACACUACUGGCAGAGUGUGUUUGCGGAGCCGCACGACGACGAUCCCAAGUUCGUGGCCGGUUGAGAUUUCUCCCCACUGUACGCUUGAGCCCUUGCUACCUGGAAGAUCUACCUACGACCUGCCUGGACACCUUCACUGGACCUGGACCUAGACUUGAACCUAACGUGGACAUCCGUGCAUGACAUCCUGUUACGAGCAACGACUACUGAAUAAUCCGCUGUACCUAAUCAUCCCCCGACUUCUUAUGUAUAUAAU